UCAAAACACCACCCAUGGCCUUUCCAUCCUUGUCUCUUCUAAACUAACCGGAAUUCGGUUUUCAGUUCAUACCUUCCAGCUGCAGCUCACCGGAACAUGCAAAACAAAGAUUAAGGACGAUAUUAUCUAAGAAGCAUUUAAAAACAUACGAAGGAAUGGAGCUCAAAUUUCAAAUAAUAUCUUGUAUAUUACUUAUGUGUGGAGUAUAUGUGAUCCAAGCAAAAAUAGUUUAUCUGAACGGUACCGAGAUAUUAGGCGACAAAAUCCGAAAUAGCAAUUUAUCUACAACCAACUCACCGGCUCUAAAAUGGUACAGCAUUUUCGAACCAAGGAAUAUCAGCAAUCAUGCGGGAUCCAAUUUUAUGAGUAUGACAUCCAGUACAAACAGGAAAAAUGAUGAAGAGGAGAUAAAAGAAUCUGUGACUGAAGAAGAAAGUGAUGAACAGCAAAAUGGAACCAUGGCAACAAGAGACACAACUGUGCUGACAAGUAUACGUGGACUAUGGAGCGAUCUAACUCCUAUGCUUACUAUACUAUCCACUAUUAUUGGAAUAUUUCUUCUCUUCGUCAUCAUUGAGUCACCUCUGUCACCACUUCCAGUUCCUCCACUUCCAUACCCUCCAGUGGGUCCCUUUCCGCCUACCAACGCAUACCCAUUUGGAGUGCCUCCGCCAAGACAUCACUACGGCAUACAUUACGUUGGAUCGCCAAGCCAUGCCAGUUACAGAAUUCCAAGGCAGAUGUGGCUAACAAAUGAGACUAUAGGUGAAAAUAUCGAAAAAGCUUUCCAAAAUCUCCUUGAAAAAAUUGAUCAAAGACAAACAGGCAUAUUUUCCGAAGCGAGAAAUAUGUCACCAACAACAGUUCUGGAAAAAGGCUUUAACAUGCUCAUGAAAAGCUUAAGGUAUGUUAUUUUUUAG